AUGAGAGCGCUCGUGCUCGCCCUGAUUCUGGCCGUUGUGGCUGGUGAUCUUCAACAUCAAGAUCCUGUUUUUGAAGCUGGUAAAACCUACGUGUACAAGUAUGAGGCGCUGCUCCUGGCGGGCCUGCUAGAGAAAGGUUCAGCGAGAGCUGGACUAAAUAUCAGCAGCAAAGUUAGCAUCAAUGCUAUAGACCAGAACACAUACUUCAUUAAGCUUGAGGAACCUGAGCUCCAGGAGUAUAGUGGAAUUUGGCCUGAGGAUCCUUUUAUCCCAGCAACUGAGCUGACUUCAGCCCUCCAAGCUGAGCUCACGACUCCCAUUAAGUUUGAGUAUGUCAAUGGUGCUGUGGGAAAAGUCUUCGCCCCUGAAACCGUCUCAACAACAGUGCUUAACAUCUACAGAGGUAUCCUGAAUGUCUUUCAGCUCAACAUCAAAAAGACACAAAAUGUCUACGAGUUGCAGGAGGCUGGAACUCAGGGUGUGUGCAAGACACUUUACUCCAUCACUGAGGACACAGAGGCUGAACGUGUCUAUCUGAGAAAGACCAGAGAUAUGAACCACUGUCAAGAAAGAAUAACUAAAGACAUGGGGUUAGCAUACACAGAGAAAUGUGGAAAGUGCCAGGAGGACACUAAAAACCUGAAAGGAGUUUCAUCAUACAGUUACAUCAUGAAACCACUCGAUAAUGGCAUCCAGAUCAAGGAGGCAUCGGUCCAUGAGCUGAUCCAGUUCUCACCUUUCAGCGAGCAGCAUGGAGCUGCCCAUAUGGAGACCAAGCAAUCCUUGAUGCUCCUUGAGGUUCAAACACCCCCUUAUGCACCCACUACACCACCACCCCUGGCUCAGUAUCCACACCGUGGAAAUCUCACAUAUCAAUUCUCCACUGAGCUUCUUCAGUUACCCAUUCUGCUCCUCAAUAUCAGCGACAUAGAGUCUCAGCUCGAGGACACUCUGAAUCACCUGGUCAAACAGGCUGUAGGAAAAGUUCAUGAAGAUGCACCUCUGGAAUUUUUGAAGUUUGUUCAACUCCUCCGUGCAGCCUCCAAUGAAACUCUGGAGAACCUGUGGAGCAAACACUCAGGGAGUUCUGCCCACAGAAAAUGGAUCAUGGACGCCAUUCCUGCUGUGGGAAAUCCUGAUGCUCUGAGAUUUAUCAAAGAGAAAUACCUAGCAGAAACCAUAACUGUGUUUGAAGCCGUUCAGGCUUUGAUUACUUCGUUUCACAUGGUGACAGCAACCACCGAGGCCAUUGAGGUCAUCGAGAGCCUAUCAAAGGAAAGCAGCAUCGCGAGAAACCCAGUUCUGCGCCAGAUUGUAUUCCUUGGCUACGGUACCAUGAUUUACAAACACUGCUAUGAGAGGACUUCCUGUCCUGCUAAGCUCAUACAGCCCAUUCAAGACCUUCUUGCACAGGCUCUGAAAGAUGGAAACACAGAGGACAUCAUCCUGUUUGUGAAGGCUUUGGGAAAUGCUGCGCAUCCUUCUAGCCUCAAGACAAUCACAAAGAUGCUGCCCCUACAUAGUAAAUUAGGUUCAUCACUGCCAGUGAGAGUUCAUGCUGAAGCCAUGAUGGCCUUGAGGAACAUCGCCAAAAAGGAGCCUAAAACGGUCCAGUAUUUAGCCUUUCAGCUCUACGGGGACAAGACUCUUCAUGCAGAGAUCCGCAUGCUUGCGUGCAUGGUGCUCUUUGAGACAAAACCUUCAAUGAGUUUGGUGUCAGCUGUUGUUCAUAUUGUGAAGACAGAUACAAAUUUGCAAGUAGCAAGCUUCACCUACUCCCACAUGAAGUCCCUGACUUGGAGCACCAGCGUUAUUUAUGCCUCAGUUGCUGCAGCAUGCAAAGCUGGCCUGAGAAUGUUGGGCCCAAACCUGGACAAACUAAGCUCACGUUUCAGCAAAGCCAUCCAUGUCGACGUCUAUAACAGUCCCUUUAUGCUUGGUGCUGCUGCGACUGCUUACUACAUCAAUGAUGCUGCCACCAUCAUGCCCAAAUCUAUUACGUCUAGGAUCAAGGCUUUCUUUGCUGGAGCUGCUGCUGACAUUCUGGAGGUGGGAGUAAGAACUGGGGCACUACAGGAGGCUUUUCUGAAAAACCCAGCAGUUUUUGAUAGUGCUGACAGGGUCACCAGGAUGAAACAUGUCAUUAAGGCUCUCUCUCACUGGAAGUCUGCACCCAACAGCAAACCCCUGACUUCCAUCUACGUCAAGUGUUUUGGACAAGAAGUUGCCUUUGUUGACUUUGACAAAAACUGGUUUGGCAACACCUUUAAUCUCAUCCUUGGCAAUAACGAUGCUGACACGUUUGGUAGAGAUGUUUUCAAGGCUCUGCAGUCUGGUCCUACUUGGCGCUUUGUUAAGCCUCUGCUGGCUAAUGAGGUGAGACGUAUCAUGCCUACUAUAGCUGGUUUCCCCAUGGAGCUCGGUCUGUACACUGCUGCUGUGGCUGCUGUUCGUGGUCAAAUCAAAGUCACGACAACUCCAGCUCUGCCAGAAGACUUUUAUCUCAGAUACCUUCUCAAGGCAGACAUAUACAUUACUACCAAGGUCACGCCAAGUGCGGCUGUGAACACAUUUGCUGUGUUCGGGAUAAACACUGCCAUACUCCAGGCUGUCAUGGUAUCAAGAGCCAAACUCUACUCCAUCGCACCUGCCAAAACUGAAGUCACAUUUAACAUCAAUGAGGGCUACUUAAACUUCACAGCUCUUCCUGUUUCAGUGCCUGAAAACAUUACCGCUGUGGAGGUUGAGACUUUUGCUGUGGUAAGAAAUCCUGUUUCGGGAGAAAGUAUCACUCCUGUGAUCCCUGCCAACCCAAGACAGAUUCUUAUAUCGAAUAACACUUCUUCUGAUGCUGCUAAUGAGUCGAGAUCCGCAGAGUUCAUUUCUCAACGUCAGAAAGCUGGCAGGCACAUCAAAUCUAAAAUGGUGAAGAGUAAGAAGAAGUACUGCGCUCAGACUGUUAACGCUGGACUCAAGGCCUGUCUCAAGAUUGCCACUGCUCACACGGGGGAUGCUGCAGUGUAUAAACUGGCUGGAAAGCACUCUGCUGUUUUUUCUGUCAUACCAAUCGAAGGUGAAGCUGCUGAGAGACUGGAAUUAGAGGUUCAACUUGGAAGUAAGGCUGCACAGAAGAUCAUCAAACACAUCACCCUUAGAGAAGAAGAAAUCCCCGAGGAAACACCAGUCUUAAUGAAGCUCCACAAAAUCCUGGCCUCUACCCAGAAGAAUAGCACCAUGUCCUCCUCCUCGUCGUCCUCCAGUUCCAGGAGCUCUCGCCUUCCUGGCAGCUCCUCUUCCUCUAACUCCAGCUCUUCAUCCCAUUCUAGCAGGAAGACCAUUGAUGCAACUGCUCAACAAGUCCAGUUGGUGAAAAGACGUUACAGCAGCAGCAGUAGUAGUAGUAGCAGUAGUAGUAGUAGUAGUAGUAGUAGCAGGAGUAGCAGCAGCAGUAGCAGCAGCAGUAGCAGUAGUAGUAGAAGCAGCAGAAGCGUAAGUAGUAGCAGCAGAAGCAGCAGUAGUAGCAGCAGCAGUAGUAGUAGUAGUAGCAGUAGUAGAAGCAGCAGUAUCAGUAGUAGUAGAAGCAGCAGCAUAAGUAGAAGCAGCAGCAGCACAAGCAAAAGAAGCAGCAGCUUCAGCUUCUCCACCUCUGUCGGUACUUCCAAGUCCAGCUUUGCAUCAAGCUUUGCGUCGCUCUUCAGUCUUAGUUCAAGCUCUUCUCACUACAGUGUGCACCACAGAAAGCAACCUGCGAGUCAUCGCCACAAAUCGAAGGAGAAUCACAAAGAGAAACACAAAGAGAAGCACAAGAAAAACCACAAGGGUCACAAGACUCCACAUCACACCUCUAAAGCCACAUCAUCAGAGGUUUUCAGAAGCAGAAGCAGUGGCUCAAGCUUGGACGCUAUCCAACAUAAGAAGCGGUUCCUUGACAGUCAAGCUGCCGUGUUUGGCAUGAUCUUCCGUGCUGUUAAAGCUGACAAGAAGAAGCAGGGAUACCAGUUCAUUGCUUACAUGGACAAAACCACCAGCAGACUUCAGAUCAUUCUAGAUGACAUUGUUCCUGAUAACAACUGGAGGCUCUGUGCUGAUGGAGCCGUGUUGAGCAUGCACAAAGUCAAAGCUAAAAUGAACUGGGGAGCAGAAUGCAACCAAUAUGACACCGCGAUUACAGCGGAAACUGGUCUUGUCGGUCGAAACCCUGCAGCUCGGUUGAAGGUGGACUGGAAUCGGUUACCGUCUGAUCUCAAGCAUUGUGCAAAGACGAUGUAUAAGUACAUUUCUGCUCACAUGCCAGCCGGCUUGAUUCAGGAAAAGGACAGAAACAGCGACAAGCAGCUCUCGCUUACUGUGGCUGUAGUAUCUGACAAGAUCAUCGACCUGAUUUGGAAAACACCGAGAAGCACUGUUCAUAAGCGGGCUUUGCAUCUUCCCAUCACUCUGCCAAGUAACGAGAUCAAAGAUCUUACUCCCUUCGGUGACGUCUCUGGAAAGGUCAAGCACUUGUUAGCUGCGGCUGGCGCAGUUGAAUGUAGCUUCACCGGCAAUACACUGACCACAUUCAACAACGAGAAAUUAAAGAACGAGAUGCCCUCAAACUGCUAUCAGGUUCUGGCACAGGACGGCACAGACGAGCUGAAAUUCAUUGUUCUACUGAGGAAGGAUCGCACUGAACACAAGCAGAUCAGUGUGAAAAUUGCUCACAUAGACAUUGACCUCUAUCAGAGGAGAACCAGUGUGACUGUGGAUGUGAACGGGCUGGAAAUACUCACGAGCAACCUGCCCUAUCAUUAUCCCCGAGCUGACAUCCAGAUCAAACAAAGUGGCGAAGGCAUCUCUGUGUAUGCAGCUAGCUUUGGUCUUCAUGAAGUCUACUUUGACAAGAAGUCAUGGAAGAUUAAAGUUGUGGACUGGAUGAAGGGGAAGACUUGUGGGCUCUGCGGAAAGGCUGACGGGGAGACCAUGCAGGAGUAUCGCACACCCACUGGAUGGAUAGCCACGACAGCAGUGAGCUUUGCUCAUUCUUGGAUUCUGCCAGCUGAGAACUGCAGAGACGCCACUGAGUGCCGUAUGAGGCAUGAAUCGGUGCAGCUGGAGAAGCAGGGAAACAUGCAAGCUCAGAACUCCAAGUGCUACUCUGUCGACCCUGUACUGCGCUGCAUGCCUGGGUGCUUCCCUGUGCGCACCACCAGCGUCACUGUUGGCUUCCACUGCCUUCCAGCUGGUUCCAGCCCCUCCAGCGUGUAUAAGAGCGUGGACCUGAUGGAAACUACGGAGAGUCACCUCGCCUGCACCUGCACAGCUCAGUGUGCUUAACAACAGCACUGUCAGUCUCAGACAUUACAUGUAUGUUUUGAAUGUUAUUUUAAAUAAAGUGAAUCUCCAGAUAAACUUACUGAGCUAAAAAUGAACUCUGGCGAAUUUCAAAAGGAAAAUCUGUACCGAAUAAGACUGUUUAUUACAUUUAUUGUAACACAGAGACAAUAGAAAUGAGAUCAUCUGUGAAAUAAAGUGUGAAGCUGAACGCACCCAUAUAAAUUCAGUAAUUGCCAGUUUUCCUUCUGGCUUAAAUAAGUGAUCCAUAUUCUCCAUCCACUUCCCUGCUUUCUGUGAUAUCAUCCACAUAAAUGCUUCCCUUAUACAGUGUGGUGACUGCAAUUAAUUUGCACAUGCCAGAUGACAAGUGUUGUGUAAUUCUCCAAAUUUUGGUAUCGAUCCAAACACUGAUAGUGGGACUACUAACAUAUAAAGGCAGCUUAUGUAGAGAAGAGCUGUACGUUAUCAUUUAUUAGAUACAUCACAAUCAUUUUGCAAAUUCUGAACGCCUUUUAAAGACUUCUACUGUGAUUUUUACUUUGCACAAUAAUUACUUAAGCCACUAAAACACACCUUUCAGCUUUUUGUGUAAUUUGAAAGAUUUUUUUGGACAUGGAAUGUAAAUAUGCCUGUUUCCAAAGAGCUUUGGGUCAACUUCUGUUGUUUAAAUGUGCUUUAGGCUAUGAAUGAAAUUGAACUUAAGAGGAUAGAAACAAAGUAUUGAUCUGAUACCAAUACCAGCAUUGGUGUCGAAACUAUUUGGAUCAAUCCGUCCACCUCUACUGUUGACUUCGAAUGAACUAGUGAUUCAGAAACACACACAUAGUGAUGUCCUAAAGUCAACAGAAGUUUUGUAUGCACUCAGUUUGUGCAAAGGAAGAACAUUGAAACACACAUUAAUGAAUGAUGCCGUGUUUAGUAUACAAAACCAAGUGUAUUCUAUUCAUAUAGAUAAAGUAUUUUAUUUUACCUCUUAAUAAACACACCCAUUGAAUGGCUA